AGCUGCCCCUCGGGAGGAGCUGCAGCCCCCCCUGAGCUCUGCCCUGGGGCUCCUCUGCUCCAGCUGCACCAGCCAAGUGCCCUCAGCUGCUCCUCCAGACCCUUCCCCAUCCCUGUGUCCCUCCUCUGGACACUCUCCAACAGCUUUCCACGUUUCCCAUGUACACAUGUGAACUCCCACACACCUUUGGAGUGACUGCAGAGGUCCCACCAUAGGCUGCAGCCACAGGUCAUCGAUCUGUAAAUCGUGUGGGCUUUGUCUUGUUCCCUCUUCCCACGGCGCCUGGCACACACAAAGCACCAGACAAACAACAGCAUUGCCAUGGAAAUGCUCCCAGCCGGUGCAGAGAUCGCUGGAAUUCGCCGAGGGAGCCGCUGACGGAUCCUUGUGCUGGAACCCAGGGUUGGUACAGUAGGCCUCACUAAACUUAGCUGCAACUAAGAAUUUCUCCUACAUCAACUGAGUUAAGGCUGAUGCUCUUGUGGAAUGUGGAUUAAAAGUGCGUGCUAAGUUCCAAAUUCCCAGUUGAGAAGCGGAGAAAGUAAAUGUACCACUGCCACCAGCAUCAGGACAGCAAACCAAGGGACAAAGAAUUUGAGCCGCGGUGUUGCUCUUUGUUAACUGGCUCACGUGGUGCUUAAGAGACGUUGGCUGGGGGGCGAGAAGUGGACGCCAGCCGGUUACAAACAUGAGGGCCGCCCUGGAGACGGCAGACAUUGCCAUUGUGGCCCUGUACUUCGUGCUGGUCAUGUGCAUAGGUUUCUUUGCCAUGUGGAAGUACAAUCGGAGCACCGUGAGCGGCUACUUUUUGGCAGGGCGUUCUAUGACCUGGGUAGCGAUCGGUGCCUCUUUGUUUGUGAGCAAUAUUGGAAGUGAACAUUUCAUUGGGCUCGCAGGAUCCGGAGCGGCGAGCGGAUUUGCCGUGGGCGCGUGGGAGUUCAACGCCUUAAUGCUUUUGCAGCUUUUGGGAUGGGUCUUCGUCCCCGUCUACAUCCGGUCGGGAGUGUACACCAUGCCCGAAUACUUGUCCAAGCGUUUCGGAGGGCAUAGGAUUCAAAUCUAUUUUGCAGCGUUGUCUCUAAUUCUUUAUAUCUUCACCAAACUCUCGGUUGACUUGUAUUCGGGGGCGCUUUUUAUCCAAGAGUCGCUAGGUUGGAACCUCUAUCUGUCGGUUAUCCUGCUUAUCGGAAUGACGGCGCUCUUGACUGUGACCGGAGGGCUGGUGGCCGUCAUCUACACAGACACCCUUCAGGCCCUGCUUAUGAUUAUCGGUGCCCUCACGCUCAUGAUCAUAAGCAUCACGGAGGUCGGUGGGUUUGAAGAAGUUAAGAGGAGGUACAUGCUGGCGGCGCCGAACAUCACGUCCAUCCUGUUAACCUACAACAUUUCCAACACCAACUCCUGCAACGUCGACCCCAAGCCCGACGCUCUUAAAAUGUUGCGCGAGCCGACGGACGAAGACAUUCCCUGGCCCGGAUUCCUGCUGGGACAGACCCCGGCUUCCGUCUGGUACUGGUGUGCCGACCAAGUCAUAGUCCAGAGAGUCUUAGCCGCGAAAAACAUCGCUCAUGCCAAAGGCUCCACCCUGAUGGCGGGUUUCCUAAAGCUGCUGCCCAUGUUCAUCAUCGUCGUCCCGGGCAUGAUCUCCCGCAUCCUGUUCGCGGAUGACAUCGCCUGCAUCAAUCCUGAGCACUGCUUCCAGGUCUGCGGGAGCAGGGCCGGCUGCUCCAACAUCGCCUACCCGCGGCUGGUGAUGAAGCUGGUGCCGGUGGGGCUGCGGGGCCUCAUGAUGGCCGUGAUGAUCGCCGCGCUCAUGAGCGACCUGGACUCCAUCUUCAACAGCGCCAGCACCAUCUUCACGCUCGAUGUCUACAAACUCAUCCGGAAAAGCGCGACGUCCCGGGAGCUCAUGAUCGUUGGGAGGGUCUUCGUGGCGUUCAUGGUGGUGAUCAGCAUCGCCUGGGUGCCCAUCAUCGUGGAGAUGCAAGGCGGGCAGAUGUACCUGUACAUCCAGGAGGUCGCGGACUACCUGACCCCGCCGGUGGCCGCCCUGUUCCUCAUGGGGAUCUUUUGGAAGCGCUGCAACGAGCAGGGGGCCUUCUACGGCGGCAUGGCCGGGUUCGUGCUCGGUGCCGUCCGGUUGAUACUGGCGUUUAUUUACCGCGCUCCGGAGUGCGACCAGCCGGACACGAGGCCGGGCUUCAUCAAAAACAUCCAUUACAUGUACGUGGCCACGGCUCUGUUCUGGAUCACCGGGAUCGUGACCUUCGUGGUCAGUCUCCUGACCCCUCCGCCCACGAAGGAGCAGGUCCGGACCACCACCUUCUGGGCCGUGAAGAACAGGAGCGUCAAGGAGACGGCGGCCAAGGGGGAGCUCUACAAGGCGCAGGAGAAGAGCAUCCUCAAGUGCAACGAGAACGCCAACCACAUCAUUCCCAACGGCAAAUCCGAGGAGAACCUGAAAAGCCUCAAGCCGGAGGACAUCAACCUCCUGGUGACCUGCAGAGACGACAGCAACCCGGUGAUCUCGGUGAGCCACUCCGAAGUCGAGACGCCGGUGGAUUGUUACUCCAACGGCCAGGCGGCUCUGAUGGGCGAGAAGAAGCACGAGGAGGAGACUGAGGACCCAGAGAGACAUUUGAAAUUCAUAGAUUGGUUCUGUGGCUUUAAAAGUAAAACCAUGACCAAGAGAGCUGUUCGGGAGGUCGAGGAAGAGACUGUUUGUUUACAAAUGCUGGAAGAGACUCCAAAAGUUAAACUAUUACUAAAUACUGGACUGGUCUGUGUGUGUUCGCUUGGAAUAUUCAUGUUUGUCUACUUCUCUUUGUGAGUGAAUAGUGAACUUUUAAGGGUAUGGCUGAACAUACAGAAGUUGAUACAGGUCUCUGGAGAUUGGUUUUCUUUUUCCUGGUUUUUUUUUUUUUGAUUUUUUUUUGAAUUUCAGACAACAUAACCACAACCCAGGCAUUGUUUACGCUAUAAUUGUAAGAUCAACUCAGCUUUAGCCUAUUUCCAGACCAUUUGAGAUGUGUUGUCCUUUCUCUGCUCAAAGCAGAACCUGUCCUGUGGUGGCUUUUUUUCUUUUUUCCCUUUUGUGGUUUUUUUUUCUUUUUGUUUUGUUUGGGUUUUUUUCCUUGUUCCAUUUGCAGUACUAACCUUUUGUUUUUACGUGUAUAAAUAUACCAAAGGCAGGCAGGUGGCUGUGUUUGAAGUCAGGCAGUUCCAGCUCAGUCAGCAUUAAGAUAACGAGUAAUCAUUUACCAGUGUGGAAAAUCUAAAUGAUCAAAGCUGUGUCAAAAGGUUUUUAAAUGUAGAGCUGCGAUGCACAUCCUGUAAAAUAACUAUUCCCUUGGCCAACUUAGCACUUCUUAAUUUUGCUCACUGCUUUCAGUUGUUUUUAUUUUACUUUUUUUAAUUCAAUUUCUCUUAUAGCAACAGCAGGGAGUUAUUUUGUCUCAUUUUAUAGCACUUAAAACAUGAUAGUUGUUAGUAGCUUUCUGGUUUUAUUUUUUCUUUGUAAGAGAAGUUUUGACUUUUGAUUUUUUUUUUUUUUAAUCCACUGUAAAUUCCAGUACUGAAAAAUCGCUGUAUUUGAAGGGGAAAAAAAAAAAAAAAAGAGGGGAAAAAAAGAAACAACGAACCAAAAUGAAAAAAAAAAGCCUGGACAUGACAAACUGUCACUGGAGCAGAAGGAAAAAGAAAUAAUCUUUAUUUGGGUUUUGUAUUCAGCAGGGUGGGAAGGGAUCUCUGGAGAUCAUCCAGUCCAUCCCCCUGCCGAGGCAGGUGACACGGGAACGUGUCCAGGUGGGUUUGGAAUGUCUCCAGAGGGAGAAGCUCCGCUCCCUCCCUGGGCAACUGUUCCUGUGCUCUGCCACCCUCCAGGGAAAGAUGUUUUUCCUCAUGUUGAGGUGAAACUGGUGUUUUAGUUUAUGGCCAUAAGGCCCAGAAGAUAAUUUCAGCCUCUUUAGUCUCUGCACCUUCAGGACACAGCCUUAGGCUCUUUAUAGGGAAAAAAAUCUGUUUGUACGUUCUGCCGCUUGGGAAGAAGAGAAAUGUGAGGCUUUGUGUGUUGCCAGUUUGUUUUCCACGCUGGGAAAGGCCUGUUUUCCUGUGCUGGGGAUGUCUGGAAGGAGUCUGUGCCCAGCCCUGCUGCUGCUGCAGGUGGAGUCUGCGAGGGGAGAAAAAAGGAAGGGGGAGUGGGGGGGAGAGGUGAAAGUGCUCCUUAUUUUCCAGAGUCCUCUUGCCUCAUGUCUUCUCCCAUUUCCCCUUUCACCCUGUCAAGCCUCCUUUUUUUAUUUUUUUGUGAGGAAUCCCAGAAUGAUUGAGGUUGGAAAAGACCUCGGAGCUUGAGUCCAACCCGUGACCCAGCCCGACCAGAGCACCGAGUGCCACAUCCAGCCUUUCCUUCAACACCUCCAGGGAUGGUGAUUCCACCUCCCUGGCCAGCCCAGUCCAAUGUCUAGUGGCCUUUUCUGGGAAGAAAUUCCUCCUAAUUCUUCCAGCCUAGAGCUCCCUCCUCCAAACAGCUCCCCAGGGAUUCCAUGUCAGGAGAUAAGGAACGUGUGCCACCAUGAUCUGUGUCAGGAAUCCAGGUCUGUCCUCGUGAUUCUUCCAGAAGAGUUCAUUUCUCCCAGACAAUUAGUAGGUCUCCAGCUGCUGAGGAUCUUUCCUGUUGAAGGAUAAAUCCUGAGGCAGGGAUGAGCAAUUCCCAGGUGUGCAGCACGUGGAGCUCAGCAGACCUAAAGGCGGCAAGAGCUCAGCCCACAUCCCUGGUUUUGGGUGCAGAGCUGACAGUGUGUGGCUGCCCUUCCAGUAUUAACCCCCCUCCCAACUCCAGGACAGGGUGGUCAUAUCCAGGCUUUCCAUGGAAAUAAUUCCUCCAGUUGUCUUUGCUCCUGAGCUCGUUCAGGGCUUGGGAGAGAACAAACUGGCUGGGCCAGAAAUGGUCUGAGGGACCAUCUGAGUGUUCAGCAAAAUCAGUUCCAGGGUCCAGCGACAUUUCCUUGGCACGGAAAGGAGAACCAAUUCCUGAGAAAUCCGUUUGUAGAGAUGAAACUGGGGUCAAUCCUGCCUUUGAGUGCUGGAGGAGGUUUCCCUUCCAGCCCAGUGGUGCCGUAACCCGUCCACAUUUAGCAGAUCACGGAUCUGUUUGCAGGUGAAAUGGUUCCACUUCCAUUUUUGUGGGUGGUUUUUUUUCCUGUUAGUUUUGGUGGUGUUUUUGUAUCGAUCGAAUCUCAUUCAUUCCGGAACUUACACAGAGGCUGAGAUGCCCCACUUUCCUCCACUUGCUUUCAUUGUUGCUGCUGGGAAGUCGACACUGCUCUGGGGUGGAGGAGUUGGAAUGUUGUUGCAACCUGCGUAGAAAGAGUCAUCACACCCGCUCGUGGUGUCGGUACCGAUGUGACAGGACACAUCUUCUCGCCGUUUUAUGGGGCUGGUUUCGUUCAGGAAAUGGUUUCAAAUCCUUUUUAAUGGCCAAAAUUAAAAAGGGUGCGUGAAUUAAUGGCAUCUCAAAUCACUUCAGUAGUGGGCUGAGCUGGGAAGGAUGAGGAGAUGUACAAAGCACCUGGAUUUUUUUUUUUUGUCCAGAGGGUAGAACGUCGGGCAACGUUCGGUCUCGUAGCGGGGAUGGAAAAAACAACAACUCGUGGAGGGUAAAGAUCAUCUCAGUCCAACAACCUCUUCUUGAAAAGGCUGGGAUCUGGCUAAAAAAAUGCCUCCUUUGGCACAGGGAAACAGCCUCGUGUGCCAGGCACUGUCCCUUAGGAACUUGGCGCGUGUUUUUAGGAGCGGCCGGUGCUUGGCUUUUCCAGGCCGCUCCUCUUUGCUCUCAGUAUUAACAAAUGCUUUGCCACAACCUGUUAAGCCAGGUUUGCUCAGGGACCCUUUGGCUUGGCUGCCAUCGCCUCACCUGUGCUUGCUUUUUUUUUCCCAGGGUGCCUUAAAAAGGUUGGGAAGUUGAAGGCGCGGCUUUUCCGGCCACCCGAGGAGGGGCUUUACUUCCAGUGGCUUUUCCCUGCUCGUUUGAGCUCCUCUUUGCCUUCCCUGAAUAAUUUAAAGAGGACACCCCAAGGGGUUGUUAAUUCCCAGGUGUCCCCUUCACUGUAACCACAAUCCACGGAGGAAUCACCCUUGGAGGGUGGAAGGGAGUCAAGUCCCUCCCAAAUGUGGAGCCUGAGAUGCUCCAUCUCCCAGUUCCAAUAUUCCCACUUCCCAAACCAACGAGUUGCCACAUUAAUCACAGUGAUGAUUGGCAGGCAGCCUAUUUAUUACUUAAUAAAUUAAUACUCUGCAUCCCCCCCCCCCUCUUUGGACCUGUUAUUGUGAAGAAGCUUUUAAGCAAAUUAUUUCUCCGGGAUUUUUUUUCACAUUUAAAAAUGUGGUUUUAUUUCUAUUUUCGUGGCAUAGAGGUCAUAGAACUUGCUGGUGUUCUUUGCUGCAGAUAACCACUUACUAAAAGGCCUUUGUUAUAAAAAAAUAGAUAUAUUUCUAAGGCUUCAAGCAAGCUGCCUUUUGGUACCUCACCCUGUGUUAUGGACCUUGGGAGAAGUUGCUUGAGGAUUUUUUUAUAGCGUAAACAUGCCUUUGCUAGUCAUGGAAGGUGUUGAGGGAUUUUGGUUGAAACACCGAUUUUUUUGGGGGGCUGGUAAAAUUCCAAAGCGUUUCUCAGAAUGGACAAUCAGUUCCAUAAAUUUUGUGGCCUCCUCCUCCUCCUCCUUGGUGGGACUGGUUGGUGGUGCAGGAGGAGAUCCAGGAGGGCACUUGCUUUUAUCGUGGUUUAUUUAUUGCCUUGAGCUGAGAAUGACAGGCUGGAAAAACUGAUUUUUGGAAUGACAGCUUUUUUUUUUUUGUUGUUGUUUCUCUUGGUAUUUCCCUUAACUUAUUUUUUUUUUCUGUUAUUUGAUUUUUCUCCCAGAAAUGGUCGAAGCCUUUUAUUUAAAAAAAAUAAAUAAAAAUUAAAAAAAAAAAAAAAAAAAGGGCUUCUUGAGAGCUUAAUAGCAAAUUUUGGGAGACUGCUCUUAUUUAAGUUUUUUUUAAAUGGCUGAUUUGAUACUUUUCUCUGCCAAAGUUUAGGGGUGGGGUUGUUUUUUUUUUUGUUGCUGUUGUGUUUUUUUUGUUGAUUUUUCCUGGUAGCUUUUCCUCGAAGGAAACGGUGGGAGAUUGUAAGAAAUAAAAAAAAAAAUGGCCUUCAGUAUAUAUUGUAUUGUGUAUUUUUACUUCUCUUCUGUGUUCCCUGAUCCCAGAAGGGCCAACAUGAGACUUCUGAUGCGAGUCACGAGCCCUGUGACCCAGGAGGGGAAUGAAGCCAUUUCCUGGGGUUGCAGUGGACAGGGCGGAGCCAUCCGAGGGUCUUAGAAGAUGCUUUCGACUUUAAAACAGCUUUAUUUUUUUUAUAUAUCUAUUUUUUUAAAUCCUAAGAUAGAGGAGGUGUUGGGAGAUGCUCCCUUUCAGAGAACAGGAUACAUGGAAGAAGCUGGAGUCGGGAAGCUCCAGCUUUUUUUUGAGGAAAUCUUUGGAUUUAGCAUGUACAGCAAAGCAAAAGUACUCAUCUGUUCAUUUGGUAUAUUCUGUAUGUUCUGUGCCCUUAAAUGUAAUUGUUUUGAAAAGAAAACUAACCUUGUCAUGUGAUGUUAAAAGAAGCAGAUUUCUGUGCAAUGUUUUAAUUUUUUUUAAAAAAAAAGAAAAUGUUUGUAUAUAAUUCAAUGGUUUAAUGUGCUUUAAUUGGCCUGAGGUAAAGAGUAGUCCUAGAAUGUAAACAUAUAUAAUUAGGAUUUCUGAUUUCACUGUGAGAUCUCUGAACUCUUGGUUGUUUUUCGGGUUGGGUUUUUUUUUCUUGGGGUGUUUUUUGGGUUUUUUUUUUUUGGGCAAAGUGGUUUGUUUUGGUUCCGAAACCCUUUGAUUUCUGUUCCUGGUGUUGGUUUAAAGGCUUCACUUCUGUUCUGAUCUCGAACUCCCGGUCUGGUGACAUCUGGUGACACACUUGGCAUUCUCAGUUUUCCACUGUGUAAAAGUCAGACACACUCGGGGCAAAACCGCUGCUGGGGCGACAAAUUCUCUGUGUCUCUGAGUCCACGCUUUUAAAAAUGAGGUGGUUAUAAAAAUAGUUGCUGUGCAAAAAUGUUAGUAGUCUUCUUCAAGAAGAAAGCGAAAUUUUCUAAUCUCACUCGAGCAGUCUCUUCAUUCAUCUUCUUCUUUUCCAAGCACAGUGUCAAAGUGAUGCUGCUUUACCUUGUAUCUCUGAUAGAAUGUUUGGUUGUUUUUUUUUUUAGGGAUCUGUGAAGUAGUUUUGUUGCUGUUGGAUUUUUAUAUAAAAUACCAGUUAAUGAACUGCCUUUUUUUUUUUUUCUCUCUCUCUGGGUUUUUUUGUUAUUUGGGUUUUGUUUUUUUUUUUUUUAAACUCUUCGACUAAAAAUACAUUUCAGACCAAAACCAAAUGAUAUCAUAUAGCAUUUGAAACCUGCCUUUUUUCCUUGGCCCUUGUUUUAUUUGAAAUAAGCCAAAUGGGCAUGUAGAUAAGAUCACUAUAAUGGAGCCAGGUCUCUUUUGGUAAAGUGUUAUUUAAAGGUCUGUUAAGAUCUUAUAAGAGAAAUAUACUGAAAAACAAAAAAAUUACUGUAGUAGGAAUAUAGAUUUAGAAGUGUUAAUGAGAUUAAUACAGCUUAAUUAUAUUGUAAGUUGCUACUGUCCUUAAUGACAAGCUUUUUGUCAUAGAAACGAUGUAUGAUAAAUUAAUUUUGGUCUAGUGUAUAGAAUUCUCAUAUUGCUAUCAAUCUUUGAAGUAAAUCUGAUGCAAAAUUCUCCUAGUUAGCAUUGCUGGCCCUGUGUAUACUGUUCUUUGUAUCCUGUAUGCAUAUUAUUUUGCCUCCUGCAUUAGUCUUCAAACUAAAAACUCUUAUUAGAGAGUAUUUGGAUACUUCAGACUGUGUUUCUUGCAGUUUACAUUCCUUUACCAUGGCAUUUUUUGUCCUGUCCAAAAGUAUUGUAUGGAAAUGUUUCAAACUUCUGUACAAAGUUUCAAUAAAAAUAGAGACAAAAAGAAAAAAAAAAACACA